GUGACAGCGUCAUUCGUGCCCACACUCUCUGGGCGCUAACAGGACGCGCCUAAGUUCGAAACGAGUUCCGAAGGAGUGCCGCACAGGGAUGGUCGAGUAAAUAGUGUUUCGUCGUAUUCAAACAGCGCGCCGUGCACCUCCGUCGGCCGCAUCGCAGUACCGCAAUAGUCUCCCAGUGCCACCAAGAGACAGUGAGGACUUGGCCGUAGCAAGCACAGGAGACGCAGCUCGCCCAGCGAACACCUAAGGUCCGCCAUCUGCCUCUUUCCCGUCGCCGACGUUUACUUCAAGGAACGCAAAAAUGGGUCGCAGUGGAUACACAUGCGUGCGGCACGUGUUCUGCACACUGAAUGUCAUCAUGUGGCUGUCGGGGUGCGGGCUGCUGGGCGUGGGCAUCUGGCUACGGCUGGCGUACGAGGGCUACACGACGCUGCUGCCACAGUACGCGGCCGUCAGCGCCGACAGCAUGCUCAUCGCCGCAGGUGUCAUCGUCUUCGUCAUCGCCUUCUUCGGCUGCUGCGGUGCCUGGUUCCAGAGCCGCUGCAUGCUCAUCACGUACUUCAGCCUGGUGAUCUUCAUGUUUGUGGUGGAGUUUGUGUUUGCAACACUUGCUUUUGUGUUCCGGGAACAUCUCAGCCACAGUCUGAGGCAGGAAUUACUUAUUGGAAUCCGAGACCAUUACAACAGCACACCACCCAACAGCCUGGAGAAGAUAUGGGACCACAUUCACAAUGAGUUCCAUUGCUGUGGUGUGACAGGUUAUGAAGACUGGUUUGACAUUGGUGCAUGGAGGGGUGAGAAAUUUGUUCCUGACUCUUGCUGCCUGCCCCAAGUGAAUAUCACUGACUGUGGACGGAAUGGAACAGCAGAUGUGUGGUAUGACAAAGGAUGUGCAGAGCAAGUGCAAAUGUGGUUUGUAGAAAGACUACAUCUUGUUGGAGUUAUUGGACUUGUGGUUGCAUUCUUCCAGUUAUUUGGCCUGAUUUCAUCAAUGCUCCUUUUCUGCACUGUGCGGCAUAAGAGGUCUACUCAUGCCUACAAAGCAUAUCACCCAAAUUCAUAGCAUGUGAAGCAGCCAACAUCAUGUUUCUGAAAUGUAUCUGUGAGGUGAUAUUGUGGGAUAAGAAACUGAAUAGCAGAGUAUACAGAAAUGUUCUGUAAAUGUGAUGUGAAGAGUGAUGAAUUUCCAAUAGAUAUGAGAUAAUCUUGGAAGUAAUUAAUUGUAUGACUACAAAUGAUAUUUUUAUUUUUAAGAAAAAAACUUGAUGCAACAGAUUUUUUUAAAGAAAAAAACUUGAUGCAAACACUAUGCAUAGAGCCACUCUAUGUUCUUGAGUGUGAGCAUAUUGUUUGAUAGUCAAAAUAUCCACGGGUGUGCUGCCGGUCUAUAGUGUCCAACGGGCACAAUAUUUCGGCGAUCAUACAUGUCGCCAUCAUCAGGUGAACUGACGGACUGAGCUCGUUGGACACUAUAGACCGGCAGCACACCCGUGGAUAUUUUGACUAUCAAAUACGCCGGGAGAAACUCAAGAAUCACAUAUUGUUUGAGAUUAUACCAGUGUCUAUGCUAGCAUAUUUUCAGUGCACCAAAAGCUAUAUUUCUUCCAGGGAUGCAAAAUGUGUAUUAAUUUCUGAUCUGAGCUAGUACACACACACACACACACACACACACACACACACACACACACACACACAAAUUUCUUAUCAGAAAUUUAUAUGGAGCAAAAUAUUUUCAUUCUUGGAAGAUUAUUGCUACUGGCUCCAGAAAUUUGAUUACAUGUAGUGACAGCAGUUGACUGUUUGUAAUGUGCAAUGGGGUAACUGCAUAGUCUGAGAAGUAUUGUCUCAAUUAAUACAGGUACUGGCCUAAACUCAUAAUUAUAGUUUUCAAGUUUUUUUUGCGUACACAUACCUAACAGGGUUCCAUUUGAUCUAGAAGAAUUUCAGUUGUGAACUGACAUGACUUUCAUUGAACUGACACAAAAAAAAUUUUGUCCUCUAUCAAACAAAUUUGAAUCUCUUAUUGAAUGAGUAAUACAUUUUAAUACACAAUUUUCCUCUACUAUUUUAAGUUGUAAUGGACUUCACUGUUUUGCAUGCAUUUAUUCUGAGCUGGUGUUAAAAUUUUCUUCCACCAUUAUUUGGUAUUAUUUAUUUGCUAGUGAAUCAUCAAACUGAUAUGAAAAUGUAAUUCAUUGAAAAUAUUUUCUCUGCAGUAACCACCAAUGAUAAUUUAAUAUAUUGAUGUGUCUUUCUCACUAGAUGUAAAGCUACAGAGCAAGAAUUUGGCUCCAGGACAACCAUUUUUAAUCAAACCACUAUUUAGGCAUAAAUGUAGAUUGAUAUAUUGCUAAAUUUUGUAUAAUUCUGAAAGAAAUACAUAAAUAUUAUUUCCUUUUUGAAAAGAAAUUGUUCACUUCUGAAUACAAUUCAGUUAUUCAAUGGUAACUGAUAUUUUAGUGUUCAGUAUGUGUAGUAUUAUUUAUUAAAUUGCAUUUAUAAUACAGGUCAAGAUUUUUCACAUAAAAUAGCCUCUAAGUUAACCUGCACUGGAAAGAAGUCAGCUUUUGAUUUUCAAAUAUGUGUUUGCUUUCCAAUACAGUCACAAUGUUCCAUGAAGAGUCUAGUUUAUUGUAAUGUGAAAUAAACUAUUUAAAACUUUUGUUUAUAUUAAUAGGAUACAUUUUUGUUGAAAUAAAGAGUUCAGACUAGAAUAAACAAAUAAAUAAAUGAAUGAAUUCCUGUAAAUAAGCUGUUUAAGAAAACAUAAUUAAUUACCAUUCCAUAUUUUUUUAAGACUAUUGUACAUAAUUUGAAGGACAGGUAUUAUACUUAUUUAUGUUUAUUGUAUUCAGGCAAUGAGUAAUGUUUUAUUGUU